AUGGACAUUGCUCUCUUCUCUCCAUCUUCUCUGUUCGUCGGCGACGACAGCAGCUCCAGUGAUGGGGAGGCGACGGAGACCCAAGAGAACUAUGUGGAGAGAAGGCACCUGUUCCCAGGAAUGGAAUUGCUCAUUCGAGAAUUUUCUUUUCACCAGCUGAAUGCUAAUUUACUUUGGCCUGGGACAUUUACAUUUGCAGAAUGGUUAGUUCAACACAAGUCAUGGAUGGAAGGAAGGCGCACAAUUGAAUUGGGCAGGCAUGUCUUUAAAGUAAUGGAUGGAACUGGAGCUUUGGCCAUUUUUCUGCGGAAAUCAUUUCAAUUUGAUAUCACAACAUCAGACUAUGAUGAUGAGGAAAUUGAAGAGAACAUAGCACAUAAUUGCAGGGCUAAUGGCAUUACUCCUCUUCCUAGUCACAUAAGGCGUUAG